CUCCUGCCCAAAAAUUUCGAUUCGCACACUGUGCAGGCAAAAGCCGAGAGAGAGCUCGAGCUCAGCUCCCCACUCCCCCCGAGGCCCCAACCCUAAGCCCCUCGCCGGGCCCCAAUGUCGAGGCCAGCGGCCGCGGCCGCAGCGGCGCUGCUGGUGAUCCUCGCGGCGGCGGGCGGCGCGGCGGCGAAGACCACGAUCGAGCCCUGCUCCAGCGCCGACUCGUGCGCGGCGCUGCUCGGCUACUCGCUCUACGCCGACAUGAAGGUCUCCGAGGUGGCGGCGCUCUUCGGCGCGGACCCGGCGGCGCUGCUGGCCGCCAACGCGCUCGACUUCGCCUCCCCCGGCGCCGCCAACCGGAUCCUCCCCGCGGGGCUCCUCCUCCGCGUCCCCACCCGCUGCGCCUGCGCCGACGGCGUCCGCAAGUCCGUCUCCGUCCGCUACGCCGCGCGCCCCGCCGACACGCUCGCCACCGUCGCCGACGUCGUCUUCGCGGGCCUCGCCUCCGCCGACCAGAUCCGCAGCGCCAACGGGCUCGCCGAGGCGGACCCCGACGCGCUGCUCGACGCCGGCCAGAUUCUCGUCGUCCCCUUCCCCUGCGUCUGCCUCAACUCCACCGACAACAACCUCCCCGCCGUCUACCUCUCCUAUGUCGUGCGGGUCGGGGACACCGUGCAAUCCAUCGCUGCCACCCACGCCACCACUGUCACGGAUCUCAGCAAUGUGAAUGCCAUGGGGAGCCCCGUCGUGGCACCCGGCGACAUCCUUGCAGUUCCAUUAUCAGCAUGCGCGUCUACGUUUCCUAACUUUGCUUCGGACUAUGGAUUGCUCGUGGCAAACGGGACAUAUGCACUUACUGCUGGUAACUGUGUGGAAUGCAGCUGUGGGCCAGGGGAUCUCAAUCUGUACUGCACUCCAGCUUCAUUAGGAACGUCAUGUUCAAGUAUGCAGUGCUCCAAUAGCAGUCUAAUGCUUGGUAACGUGACUACCCAGCCCACCAGCGGUGGCUGCGGUGUCUCGUCUUGCAGCUAUGCCGGCUUCGUUAACGGAAGCAUUACCACAUCGCUGUCCUCGGGUCUUCAACCUACAUGCCCUGGACCGCAUCAAGUUCCUCCACUCAUGGAGCCGUCCACCGCAGCAAUCCACGACUCGUACCUUGCUCCAUCGCCUUCGCCAGGACCUGGGGAGGCAGGUGGUGAUGUUCCUGGUUCGUCUGACCCUGGAGCAUCCUCCCAUUCUCUUGCUGGAAGCCUCUCGCCCUCCGUGCAUCAGCUGCAUCAAAUGAUCCUCAUUCUUUCUCUAGUCUUCUACCUGCAUAUGUGAAUUCUUCUGUAGGAAUAUUAUUGGAUGAAUUUGUAUCGGAUGGGGCCCUCAUUUGGGCCCGGUGGAACCUCGGCGACAUGGUUUUCCAGCUCCUCUCUUGCUCACCGUGUCUAACUACUUCUGGAGUUUCAGUAGGGUUCUCCAUUUUUUA